GUGGAUAUGUUCUGUGAAUGGUUAGGCCUUUCAUAAUCUGCAGAUGAAUCAAGAAUAUAUAAUUCGUACACAACUAUUUUGAGUUUCUGCAGGAAAAAAAUCAGAUAUAUCACAUAAGUGAGUCUGUGGAGAAGUAAAAUAUGGGCGAUAUAAUAGAGGAGAAUACGAGCUGGGCAGAUGUACUGGACGAUGGGGAUGUACAGCAACCUCCGUUUGAGUCCUUACACACUGUGUCAACAGAUGGUAUACUUGAUAAUGACGAUCUGAGAUCGACUAGAGAUAACAGUAGUGGUGUCGACAGAGAGGGCGAUACGAAGGGUUUUAGUACGCGCAGUGACGAUAGUGGACCGUGCUAUGAGAACAAGCUUGGUAGUGGAUCUAUCAAAGGCAAUAAUCACAACGAUUACAGCAAUCGGAAACAGAAUACAGAUCAGGACUUCGGCCAGGAUUCGUGGCGCAUCAGUCGCAAUAAAUCGGGGAAGCUGAAUACGAAUGCUAGUGUCAGGAACGGUAUAGAAAGCCGGCUGGGGGAUGCUCAGGAUCACGACUGUCAUGGACGACGUGAUGGCAACGAUACCUCCAAUAAGCAGAACAGGUAUAGUAAGAAUAGGUUAAAUAAUGAUAGACGUGGUGCAAAGACAAACACCGAGAAUGAUCAUCAUAGUAAUGGGAAGGAUGCACACAGUCGCAAUCGAGAUGUGUGGCGGGAGAGUGAUAGGGGCGAGACGAGAUACAUUGGAGGAAGCAGCGACAAUGACUGGCGAAGAAAUGCAAUGGGUAGCAGGGGGGCGGUUAGAGAUAGUAGUCACAAAAGUCAAUACAACAGGAAUGGCAAUGAUGCAUUGCAUAGUAAUGCGCAGGAAAGAGAUCAUAACAACAGUAUAUAUGGCUAUAGAAAAGCCAUACAUGAUCAUGGGACCGGAACUCAUAAUAAAGGUGGGGCUUAUAAAGGGGCUUAUAAAGGCGGAUCAAAUCAUAAUAGAAACACAGAUACUCAACGGGGACCUGACGUGAGUGAAAGUGACAUUCAGCAAUCUGUGAAUAGUGAUAAAGGAUAUAGCGGAAGAAAUAAUGGCUAUCCAGGAUCACAUAACAAUAGGCGAAUGACGGAUGAUAAGAAUGGCUAUGGUCAGCACAGCAACAGUGGUCGACGAUUUAAUGGGCACAGAAGAAGCCCAGAGAGACAAAGUAGGGACAUUGGGAACGACGUUUCCAAAGGAUCAGGUAUCAGCAAAAAUAAUAAUAGCGAGUUGAGCAGGACUUACAAAGGGCGUGGACAAGGAAAUGGACACAGUCAAAAGUAUACCAAAGAGCACGAUGACAGAUCUAUGGCACGUUCCAGUAGGAGAGGAGACUAUACCGACACGCCCCGGAGAAAAGACGAUCUCGGAGAUACUCUCAUGGGCAAGAAGAAUACGAGUAGGUCGCUCAUUAGUAUCCAUGCGACGGUUAGGACGGCAAGCGCCGAACCGGCUUCUGGGUCUGACAAAGGAACUGUCAAGGUAGCCGAUCUUCGCUUCAUUAGCAAACUUGACUAUGGCGAUGCUUCUGGGGGAAACCUGAAAGACUUUGGUGUACAGGAAGCGGUGUAUGGAAUAAUUCAGGACAAACUUCAAGGGCUACCCUUGAACCCAACCGCACGUGACUACGCCGACAGUUUAGUGUUGUUUAGAAAGCUGCGGGAAGCUAUCAUGGCCACAAAACGAGUCGAUCCAUUCGUCAUCAAAGUGUAUGAGAAUGCUGCUACCGUUGCACUCGAGGCUGACGACAUGUCCGAGUACCACGUGUGCGUUGUCAACCUCACGUACACUCUCUAUCCCGAGGACGAUGAUAAGACGUCGCUGGAAAGACAGUGGAUCAAAUGCUACGCGGAGCUGAUUACAUACUGCGGCUGCUACUUAGAGGCUAUUUCAGAGGUGUUAUCGAUCACUCAACAGAUCCCAUCGCCGUAUCUAAGGACUGAUGGUAUACGAACGAGUCUGCGAGCUGUGCAAGCUGUGGAGGGCUCAGACUACUUUCAAUUCUUCGCACUGUUGAAGCACUUGACUGGUCGAAGGGAAACGUUGAUGCUGAAAUCCGCGGACAUUCUGCGCAAGAAAGCGCUUGCGGUCUUCCGGAAGGCGUAUGUAGUCCUGGACCUGAACUAUAUGAAGGAGGUGCUGUGUAUGUCCGCGAUUGGGGCCUGCUCCGAGUUUCUGAUACAGAACAGUCCUACGGUGAAAGCGGAUAUCACUGACAACACCGUAAAUUUCCGACCGAAGAAAGCGUAGUUUACCUCUAAAUAGUAAAACGCUAAAGAUAUCG